AUGUUCCGCUUCUCAGUUAAGGAAAAUGGAUUGAAAUUGUAUGAUGGUCUUGUCCGAAUCGCACGAUUAAUUAACCAGAAUCUAUCUCAUAAAGCUCUUGCAUCUAAGGUAACGAAAAAAUUCGUGAGGGUUUCAGAUGUGAAACUCAAAACUAAAAAUAAUAUUCCUGAAGUUUUUACAGAAAUCAUUUGUCAGAAUUGUUGCACUCUUAUGGAUCAGACACAGUCGGCUACAUUGAGACAAGUAUUAAGCAUUAUCUACAAAAAACGUAUAUGCCCCCAAGUUUAUAACAUUUUUUGUUUAACUGGACCCAUCUGCUUGCCAGUAAAGCCGAAGUGUAAAGGAGAAUACACAAAGAUUUGGCCAGAUGUAUCUGAUUAUGAAGUGGAAUCACUGUUGGAUGCUGUGGAUGAUCUCCGAAUUGGUUCUUUUCGAUAUCAUUCCUUAGUUAAUUAUCAUUAUGAACUUCUUUUGUCUCAACCGCUUUCGUACUUGUCUCAGUUCACUGGUCUUGGUUUGGUAAUACAACGAACUGCAAGCGAAGUAGAUUGA